UAUUAAUGACUGCCUGAUGUUAUGGUAUUUAGCUAAAUUGGACCUUGACUUAGUUUGGAUUUUUAGCAAAUUGAAUGUAUUGUCAGUGUCGAAGCAAAACCAAACUGCCAACCAUAACAAAGAAAUGGCAAACGGAAACAGCAAGCUAUAAAUUGGGAUCAAGUACUACGCAUGCGCCUCCAAAUUUGUUUGACAUGAGUAUCUGUAUUUGAUGAUGUUAUAUAGGUGUGUUUAAAAUCAUUGCCUUUUGUGGACUAACAGUUUGAGUAUUUUCACCGUUCAUAAUGUUGUAUGGAAAUUGAAAUACACUUGAAACGAAUUUUGUGUUUUGAACUUUAGUAGUUCUCUAAGGAUACGAAUUUUAUCAUGGCGGAAUGUCGUCCUUCGGUUGAAGCACAAGCAGUAAAGAAAUCGUUUGAUGAUGACGCUAAAGGUUAUUCUGGCAAUCAAAUCGCGAUAUCAGGAAGGAGGCCUUUGAGUGAUAGUUCCAUCAGUUACGAAGAAAACGCUUUCAACGACUCGCCACAAGUUAAACUGGUCAAUUUUUCAGAACGGCGCAAUUCGUCCUCAAUCCAAACAAGUAGUGAAGAUGGCGAUCUCGACUCAAGUGACGAUUGCUCGAAAUCAACGUCAUCUUCACAGAGUGCGAACCUCAUGAAGCAGUCCUUUCGUGGUUUUUCACGUAAGACGACGAAAAUAUCUUUCGAUUGCGAUUGCUCUCAGUCACAAAAAGCGAAAAGAAAAGAAGCGAAAAAGUUUUCAAUGCUGUCAACUGUUGCUAAUGGAGAGAACUCUUCUGACGAAAGUCAUUCGCAUUUACAUGUUAAACAGGGCUCUUUUAUGAAAAGAGUGAAAAGUCUGUUUCGUGAUUCGGGUAGCACCUCUAGUUUUAAAGAAAGACGAUUUCACGAGAGAAAUGUGAAUGAAUUACAACAAGAUCGACGUUCAAAGAAGGAAAGCGUUCAAAAAAAGGAACGGCGUUUUAUUAUUGCAGACAUUUUGGCUGUCACUAAUUGUUCUUAUUAUUGGGGAAAUAUCAAUCGUCACGAAGCUGAAGAACUCUUGAUUGGUAAACCAGAUGGGACAUUUCUGCUUCGGGAUAGUGCUCACAAGGAUCAUCUUUUUUCUGUUAGUUUUCGGCGCUACAACAAAACUUUGCAUGCUCGUAUUGAACAAUGGGAUCACAAGUACAGUUUUGAUCACGAAAGCCCUAUGGCUUACUUCUCAAUCACUAUAGAAGGUUUACUGUCGCACUAUGCAAUUGGAGAAUACUGCAUGUUCUUUGAACCCAUGUUGGUUAAGCCACUCAUCCGUGCACAGCCACAACCACUGAUGAGCCUUUGCCGUGGUGCCAUUGGCAAUUGCACAAAGUACAAGGACAUUGAUUAUUUACCAAUUCCUUCUUCUCUUAAGACAUAUUUAAGGCAAUAUAGUUAUUCUGUAAAGCCCAAAACAAAGAAGGAUGACGAUGGAAAACGGAAGAGAAAUUCAACUUUGUGUAUAUUUUGACUCAGACUUCUAACAGAUCUAUCAUUAGUUUCAUUGAAGGUACCUAAUUUGAUUCAAAAUGUUGUGCAGUUGUUUCGGGAUGAACAUUCUAUAAGGUAAAUUCAAAACGGAACUUGUUUCUUUCAACAAUGAACAUGUUUGCUGAAAGUGUAAUUUAUCAAUGAGGUAGCUUUUGCCAUGUGAUUAAUGUAAUAAAUUUACGUUCUAUAUUAUAAUAUAGUUAGCAUUAGUUGAUAUUGUGACAAAGGAAUAUCAAAAAAUGUGUUUAGAUUGUAUAAGGUGUAUUUAUAUAGUAAAUGUAUAGGAAAUGACCAGAAUAAAGUCAAAUUAUUUGUCAAAGUGUUGUUUGGCAAACAUAA